UUUGGUUAGUUGGAAAUUCCCCCGUUUCACUGUUGAUUACCGAAGACCAGUCUACCAUCAUGGCGGCGAUUGCCGUACAGAAAUGUUUAGUUAAUUUUGGACAACCGGCCAGGAGGCAGCUCCCUCGUGUUGUUGGUGCUUUCUAUAUCAACAAGCGACAUGGCAGCUCAAACAUUGUUGCUCUCAAGAAGGGGCCUGGUGGUCGCUCUUCCUUCAGUGGGAUUGUGGCAACUGUUUUUGGAGCUACAGGAUUUUUGGGACGUUACGUUGUCAACAAACUUGGAAGGAUUGGAUCCCAGGUUAUUAUUCCAUACCGAGGUGAACCGCUAGAUUACCAGUAUUUAAGGCUGGCAGGAGAAUUAGGACAGAUUCUCUUUUUGCCAUACGAUAUACGGGAUGAAGACUCGGUUCGGAAAGCCAUGAAAUAUUCAAAUGUUGUCAUCAAUCUGAUUGGGCGUGACCAUGAAACUCGCAACUUCACAUAUGACGAUGUUCACACCACAGCAGCUAGAAUGGUUGCCAAACUGGCUCGGGAAAGUGGAGUUGAGAAGCUGAUUCACUUCUCAUCCCUAAAUGCCAGCAACAGUCCGCAGCAAAUCUUCAUGAAGGAGGGCUCUCACUUCCUUAGGUCAAAGUAUGCCGGUGAACUGGCUGUUCGAGAAGAGUUUCCCAACGCCAUCAUCUUCCGACCAUCGGACAUGUACGGUGCUGAAGACCGAUUCCUCAGAUACUAUGCCAGCUUCUGGAGACGAGCCCACGCUCAGGUUCCGCUCUGGCACAAAGGAGAGGCCACCAUUAAACAACCAGUUUACGUGUCGGAUGUAGCUGAGGGCGUGAAACAGGCCAUCUAUAAUCCCGACGCAUUGGGAAGAACGUUUGAAACUGUCGGUCCUAAUCGUUACUACCUAGCGGAUCUCGUUGACUUCUUCUACAACUGCAUGAGAUUCCGACAGUUCAAGAGAAUACAUCUUACUCCUGUAUUCCGAAUGAAGGCUCAUCUUAUUUCACUGAUAUCACCAGACCCAGUCUGUUCACUGGAGAAGUUGGAACGGGAACACAUCACAGAUACUCUGACCGACUGUCCAACCUUGGAGGAUUUGGGCGUGGCACUGACAAAACUUGAAAACCGGGCACCUUUUGACCUGAAGCCAUUUAGACGAAAUGCAUACUAUGCUGAAACACUUGGCGAGUUUCCCGAUCCACCAGCUCCACCAGUUGUAGUGUGAAGUUGACUAGGAUAUAUAUCUAACUUGAGACACUGUGCGAUGUUACUGGGUCACUUCAAGUGAAAAAACAAACAGCAUGUCACGUUUAAUGAGACUGAAGUUCAGUGUUGGGUUUUAUUCUUGGAAUACUGAUCCCUAGUUAUUUUAUAGUUGGUAAUGAAGAUAUGAAACUGGUUUCUGAUACGAUGAGUUGUUAAAAUUAACUAUAUGUGUAACACGUGUGCUUAAUGUCAGUCAAUGACUGAAAUAAAUGUAUUUAUCAAA